CAUUAAGCCGCCUCACGAAUAGUUAUAAAGGGUUUUAUGGAGAGGAUAGAAAGGUAGAACACUGUAUUUGCCUGGGUACACAGAAGGCUAGCCCUAUUCUGUUUCGAAGGGUCGCCCAACGUAAACGUGGAACAAAUAUUGUGAUUCAACAAAAUACUUUAAUACCUCUUGGUCACGCUACCGCUUAUUUACAAUGCGCAAAUCAGCGAUCUCUAAAUUGUUUCGUGCUUUACCGGUCGCAAAGGAAACAAACUUCACCUCUAACUCUGUUACAACGAGUUUGUGACCUUGGAGAAUUGCCACGAGCAGAGAGAACCAUUUCGAUUUUGACACUUUCCUCGAUCUUCCGUGCGUUCUCUCGCUUUCGCUUAAAAUUUCAGGUAGUCUUCUGCUGUAAACCAUAAAGAUGCAUAGCAAACCAGGACAGAAAGAACCUAGCAUCUCGAUUAAGUUCGUAAGCGCCGGAUUAGCUGCUUCAGUGGCUGAAGCCGUCACAAUACCGAUCGACACAGCGAAAGUUCGACUUCAGGUAAGUGACUUUUAAAACAAAUCGCACGUUGUUGGUUUUUUAGGAUUGAAAACAGAACAUGUCAAAAUGAGACGCCUUUAUGAUUGGUAUUUUACACUUAUGAACACUAUUUUUAAGCAAUUAGAAGUUUCCAGUCAUUAAAAUAAUAUAUUGUAAUAAUAUAUCUUCUGCUACCAAGCGAGGUCAACACACCCGACAUGAAAGCUGGUCUAGUUAUAAAUUUUAACCUGAUCAAUAGCCAUCGCUUGAUCGUCAAUCGACUUGCAUUGAUAGUCACCUUCGUAAAGUUUAAGUUAAAGUAAUUGCAAAAUAAGCGAUGAAUUUUUAUAAAUGUUUCUUAAAUACAAUGCUUUCAAAUCGAUGUGUUCUAGUUAAAUACUGGUGAUGCAAUGCCAUGUGGAAUAAGAAUCUCGAAAUUUCCGCGUAGCCCUAUCCUACAUUAUGCAUUCAGUUCUUGGAUAGAGAAAACAAUGACAAAAAAAAUACAUUGCCAUCGAGAAAACAGAUUUGUUUUACAACAGUAUGGGGCUGUGCGGAAAUUUUAACAGAACCUCUAACGUAAUGAGACAGUCAGUGUGACGUGUCGCUCGCAUUACAACCUGCAGACGGCAAUCACGUUUCUUGUUUCGAAAACAACAUUUCCCUUACGCCUUUUGUCGUUUAAAAGAAAUCCAUACAAUGGUUUAAUAGUUAAGAUCAACGGGACGAAGUUUCCUUUUAUGGUGGUGCGUAGCAGCGGGAGGAAGUGAUUAUAAUUUUUUUGACAACUUGUUUAUAACAACCAAGUGUGCAAUCCCACGAGACAAAAGCGGACAUUUAUCAUUCAAAACAACUUCUCCAUAAGCCUUGAUUAUAACACUAACGGAAGACAUAAGAUUUCCAAGAUCUGAUCUCUAACUCACCCUUCUGUUUCGGUUUUCAGUUCUUUUUAAUUAGUUAAUCCUUUCAAUCCCAGGAGUGCCCAGAGAUUAAUUUCCCCUCGCGAUAUCAUAUUACAUACAUGACCGAGCAGAACGGUGUUGAGAAGAAGGAAAAAUAACAAGUAGAAAAUACAGUUAUAUUUCAACACCAAAUCCUAAGAUCUAAAGGUAAAAGAGAUGCAUGGUAGACAGUGAGAAAAAAAUAUUUUGAGUUCUUGCAAGUGAAAGGGGUUUAAAAGAAGUUAGUAUUGAAGUUUACCCCCCCCUUAACAUCCUCCAAAAGUCAUUGGUAAGAAGACCUGAAAAUGAGUUUUUUUGUGGACAGCAAUUUAUACAUUUCAACAAUUUGAAAGCAAGUAAUCAUCACUGAUGACUAGGUCUUUCUUAAGAAGUGAAAAGAAGGCCUGAUCUUUCCACAGAUAUCUUCAAUAAAUUAUUUCACUUCUUUGCAGAUCCAGGGUGAAAAUGCUGUCUUGGCAAAUGUUCAAAAUGGCGUAGCAACAGCAAAUUCUAAUGUCCAAUAUCGAGGAAUGAUAGGGUCCAUGAUAACUGUGGCAAAAACUGAUGGUUUUCGCUCGCUGUACAAAGGGCUUGUGCCUGGAAUUCACCGCCAACUUUGUUUUGCUAGCAUUAGAAUAGGACUCUAUGACACAGUCAAAAAAUUCUAUGGAGAUGAUGAUGUCAACAAUCCUAAAGUCAUAAAGAAGAUCCUAGCCAGUUGCACAACAGGAGUGUUAGCUGUAUCUGUUGCUCAACCAACAGAAGUUGCUAAAGUAAGGUUUCAGGCCGAUGGUUCAAGAUUUGGGUCUAGCAAGGCCUUAGAUGCUUAUAUAUCAAUAUUCAAAAAUGAAGGACUCCGAGGACUAUGGAAAGGUGCCUUUGCAAAUAUGGCACGCCUUUCCACUGUGAAUGCUUCAGAACUGGUUGUGUAUGACAUGGUAAAAGGAUUCUUUCUGAGAAAGAAACUCAUGGAUGAUGAAUUCCCUCUGCAUUUUGUUUCUGCCUUUGGUGCUGGCUUUGCUACCACAGUGAUAGCAUCUCCUGUAGAUGUGGUGAAGACACGUUACAUGAAUUCCCCACAAAAUACUUACAAGAGUGCCAUCCACUGCGCCUAUAUGCUGCUGAAACACAAUGGGCCUCUAGCUUAUUAUAAAGGGUAUGUUGUGCUGAAAUUUGUCUCUAAUACAACAAUGACGUUUUUAUUAGUAUCCAACUGCACCAAGUUGAGUACAAAUAAUGCUUGAAUUGAUUACAAAUAUCCUGUGAUAUUGGACAGUUGCUUAUUUUGUACAACAAAAAAAACUGUUUAACUGGUCAGCUGCACACACUAUGUUGUUCUACCUGCUUCACUUUUUCCACUUUUUAAGAAAUUUGCAUGAAAUAAAGCAAUUGGUUAAUGAUUAACUUGUUAGAUUUUUAAUGUGUAUUUUUACUCUUUGUUGGUAUUAUAACUCACCCUGCAGGGGGUUGUCAAAAUAAGGCAAAACUUGUGAAAAUAUGUAGUGAUAGUACACACUUACUGAAAAUCUAAUAUGUUUAAUUUAUUUCACACCCAGUCUCUAAUAUCCCUUCACUCAUUCAUCAGACUGAAAUUUCUGGCCAAGCACCUUAAAAUGAUACAUUUGUUGACAGUUCCCCAAGAGUUAUAAUCUUAUUAGCAAGAUAUAACAUUCAGAAACAUGUAGAAUUUCAGAGCUUAAUUUGGUCAGAGAUGUCAGUGUCUAACCACACUUGACCAUGGUAUUACUUUAUGUGAUUUUAUACAUCAUUUGAGAGAGAGGCCAGAUUUUCAAUAUGAAAUGUGGUAGCAAGAGAAAAGCAUAACAGCAAGAUACUACAUGUGGCUUUAUAUCUGAAAAAAAAAAAUUGGCUCACAUCAUUAAAAAAUAGUCAAAGAAUGCUGUGUAGUAGCCACGCCCCAGUUGUUCAAAGUUUGGAUAACUCUAUAACCCUAUCCACUGGAUAAAACCCUAUACAAAGGAUAAUGCUAUCUGUUUUGCUAUCAAGUAUCCACAAGUUAGCAAUUUAUCUGUUAAAUAGCAUUAUGCGACCUUUAUACAACUGGACCCAGAUAAUUAUCCUAUCUCAGAUGGCCAAUGAACAACCUGCAAAAGGAGGUUGCAACUAGUGGGGAGAGUUGCAAAUCAGAUCAUGGGAUUUAACAAGUUAACAUAUAUUUAAAUUUACUUCUUUGUCUUAAACCAUAGAAGGAACAACAAUCACAAUGGAGUGAAGCUAAAAGUUCUAAUGUCCCAUUAAUAAUUACUAGGCUAAUCAAUCAUUAUGACUUUAUUAAAUAUGAGUUUUUCCUUAUUUCUCUUUUAUUUUAUUUCAGGUUCACACCAAACUUCACGAGGCUGGGAUUAUGGAAUAUUGUUAUGUUUAUGUGCUAUGAACAGUUGAAGAGGCUGUUUAGUUCUUUCUCUUCAGAACACUGAUGAUGGCUUUUUUCUAUUUAAACUGGAUACAUAUUUAUUAUGUAUUUCUAUGUUUUUCAUUGGUGUCAUAAACGCAUUUUGAUCAUUUUGCGCUUGCUUAAUGAAUCUUCAGGAUUCCGAUUUUGAGCAUAAUAGGAAAGGGGAUUGGGUGUGCUAUAUGGCAAUAAUUUAGUGAAAUUGCAUCAUUUAAAUUGAGCAAUGAUUUUGACUCUAAUAGAGUUUGAUGCCGACUUUAAUUUGCAACUAGUGCAAAGAUGGGGAUGCAGCAGAUCAAUUACAUGUACUUGCACCAAGGGAUGUAAUAUCGAUUUCUUGCUCAUUUGCAAAGGAGCAAAAUGAAACACAUGGACACAGACGUGAACAUGUUGAAUUAAUGACAAGUUGCAAUGAAUGGGUUGGUUUCAAUCCAGAAAGUGUUGCAAAGGCACAUUAUGUUAAGGUAUUUUAAAUACAUUUUAAGAGAAGGCUUCCAAGUCACAAAAUUCUUCAAAAGUUUAAGUAAGAAAUUUGCAGAAUAUUUUCUGUAACGUCAAUUUCAAUGAAUUUGCAAAUCAGAGACAAAAAAUUAUGACUUAAACUCCCAACAAACAUCUUGUUCAUUGAUUUCCAUUAUUGGUUAUAUAAAAAGUUGAUCUGCAUCCUCAACCAAUCAAUUUGAUUCAAACAAUGAUAUUAGCAAAUGUAGUAAAAAGGGUGGCAUGUGUUUAAAUACUGAAACUUGAUCAGUACAUUCAAGUAAUGUACUGUUAGUAUGUUAUAGGUGUACUUCUAUUUAGUCACCAAGUUUGCUUUUCAAUCCCUUUAUUAUGAUUUACGGCUUUUAGAUUAGGAAGCAAUAGCAUAAGUAAUUAAAAAGGUCAAUAACAGUCAGUUGGCUGCCAACUAUGAACUACAACCUGCACUUUGAAAUUAGCAUAGGUUUGAUUAUAUUUGAUUUACUUUAUAUAUGUUAACCAAGUUGACAUUGUCAUCCCUCUUAAAGUAAUACUGAUACUGUUACAUUUCUUUCAAGAUAUGCUGGAAACUAUGCAACACAAAUGAGCAACAGUUGCCUGUUCUUGAAUGCUAAAUGAAUACAAGUGAAAGCUCUCUCACAAUCAGAAUUGUUGUAAAAUUUAAUAACCAUAUAUAAGCCUUUGUUAGGAGUUUGAG